GCCGGGGCGGGCCUUCGCUUUUGACCUCGCUGGACCCUGAAGUCCUGGCCACAGUCCGGGGCGGGCGCUGAGAAGCGAACGCAGGCUCAGGACCAGGAGAGAGCAAGCUCAGCAGGGGCCGCGCCAUGACCAGCAAGGAGCCCGAGGGCGAGCACCCCUCCGUGACGCUCUUCCGCCAGUACCUUCGCAUCCGCACCGUCCAGCCCGAGCCCGACUACGGGGCUGCUGUGGCCUUCCUUGAGGAUCAAGCACACCAGCUGGGCCUGAGCUGUCAGAAAGUGGAGGUGGCACCCGGCUAUGUGGUGACCGUGCUGACCUGGCCAGGCACCAACCCUACACUCUCCUCCAUCUUGCUCAACUCCCAUACCGAUGUGGUGCCCGUCUUCAAGGAACACUGGAGUCACGACCCCUUCGAGGCCUUCAAGGAUCCUGAGGGCUACAUCUACGCCAGGGGUGCCCAGGACAUGAAGUGUGUCAGCAUCCAGUACCUGGAGGCUGUGAGGAGGCUAAAGGCUGAGGGUCACCGAUUCCCCAGGACCAUUCAUAUGACGUUUGUGCCAGAUGAGGAGGUCGGGGGUCACUGGGGCAUGGAGCUGUUCGUGCAGCGGCCCGAGUUCCGGGCCCUCAGGGCUGGCUUCGCCCUGGAUGAAGGCCUGGCCAACCCCACCGAAGCCUUCACUGUCUUCUACAGUGAGAGGAGCCCCUGGUGGGUGCGCAUCACCUGCACGGGGAGGCCUGGCCAUGGCUCUCGAUUCAUUGAGGACACGGCAGCCGAGAAGCUGCACAAGGUUGUGAGCUCGAUCCUGGCCUUCCGCGAGAAGGAAAAGCAGAGGCUGCAGUCAAACCCCCACCUGAAGGAAGGGGCAGUGACCUCCGUGAACCUGACCAAGCUCGAGGGCGGCGUGGCCUUUAAUGUGGUCCCUGCCGCUAUGAGCGCCAGCUUUGACAUCCGUGUGGCACCAGAUGUGGACCUGAAGGCUUUCGAGCAGCAGCUGCAGGCCUGGUGCCAGGCAGCCGGGGAGGGGAUCACCUUUGAGUUUGCUCAGAAGUGGAUGGAGCCCCGGGUGACAUCUACCGAUGACUCAGACCCCUGGUGGGCAGCUUUCAGCAGCGUUUGCAAAGACAUGAACCUCACUCUGGAGCCGGCAAUCUUCCCUGCAGCCACUGACAGCCGCUACAUCCGAGCGGCGGGGAUCCCGGCUCUGGGCUUCUCACCCAUGAACUGCACCCCUGUGCUGCUGCACGACCAUGAUGAGCGGCUGCACGAGGCGGUGUUCCUCCGUGGGAUCGACAUAUACACACGCCUGCUGCCCGCCCUGGCCAGCGUGCCCGCCCUGCCUGGCAACCGCUGAGCCCCGAGCUCCCCAGGUGCUGUCUGGAGCGUCAAGGACCUCCUCUUUCCCCAUGCCCAGUAAUAAAACAUGUGUGGACAAGCA